AAGUACUAUUAUUAUUUCUUAUCGCCUCCCCGCCGUCCGCUGUGUCAACUUUCAUUUUCAGACGCAACGGCAACCAUCACGAACACAAAACGACAUCAAGAACAAAAUCGAGCGGCCUGGGGUUGUUGCACAAAUUUCUCCUGAUCAAAAAUCAUGACAGGCCGCGAGGCGAUACAGGUAGCGAAAACUGUCAUGGAGGUGGCUGACGUGGCAUGGAAAGCCGUCGAAUGUUGCCACCAACAUCACCACCAUGAGGAGACCGAAACAAAGGCUGUAUCUAGAGAAGAAUUGGAGGCUCUGAAAUCCGAAAAUGGCCGGUUAAGGAACUUGCUGGAGCAGAACCUUAAGCUACUUGAAAAUUUGUCUGAAUCACCAGCUUUGUUGAACGACUGUCCUCCUGAUUUGUAUGCACGGCUAGUGGCUACCGUUGAUUCUGGGGAAUUCUUGUCUAGGCUAAGAAAAUUUCGUCAGGAAUCGAUUAAUGGAACUGGGAUUGAGUUUCCUUUUAAGGAGGCCACAGGUGAUGACGUGCUUUCAGCCGGACUUUUGAUUAAUGUUGAUCAAGAAAAUCCGAAUUGGUGGGUUUGGGUGACGGAUGAAAUGUUACCAAGUAAUGUGGAGGAAUGGAGUGGAAUCGAUGAUGAGAGUUAUGUAAUUGUUAGUGAGGAGCAUGUGGUUGAUGGGGUUGCUAACUUCAUGGCUAAAUGCAUUUUUGCCAACCCAAAAGCUCAGAAUGUGACACCAGAGGAGCUUCAGAAAAUUCUAGCUAAAGCAUUGGGUGGUGGGGGCAAAUUGAGCAAAUUGGAGAAGAUUUUUGGUAUCUGGCAUGCAGGAAAGAUGUUGUUUGCUCUUUCCACCUGGGGGCUUGCAUUGGCAGGGUUGUAUAGUAGUCGUCCAGUACUGAAACUUGCUGCAAUGGGUGUUCACACGACUGGCAAAGUUGUUAUGAAGGCACUCUGAAGAUGGCAUUUCCAUUGAAAUGAAAUCAUGAAAGAACUAUAUCGAUGAUUGGGACUGGACUAUCAAUUUAUGUGGGUAGCAACAAACUUGAAAAUUCUCCUUUUCAUGUCAAGUGUGCAUUAUUGUAAUUUGUAAAUGCUGUAAAUAUGUUGGCUUUGUUCCAUUCUUUUGUUAUUGCCAAAUUCUUGUCACUCAUAAAAUGGUAAAACCCUUUCUCCUGGAAUACCAUAUCAAUUAAAUUC